AGAAGGCAUUCUGCAUUCAUUAUCAACACCCACGUCUGUCUUGCCAGCGAAUGAAAGCUUUGACAAACUAUAAAGCUUGAUGAACAGAUCAAGGUUGCGGAAAGCAAACAAAAAAUUGUCGAGCAAUCUAUGGUAAAGUGGCUCCAGGAUGCAAUCCGCGACAUCUGCAAACGAUCCGCAAACGAUUGCGACCGAAGUCUCGAGAAUGACAUGCGCAAGGGCCUUCUAGAAGUUGACAAUCAUAUCAAGAAAGUCCAAAACGAAAUCAACGAAGAGAUCUCUAAAUUAGAUCGUACCAAACUGAAUAUUGAAAGCGGAAACAAGCAGAUCUCAGACAUAUGCAGAGAGACGCGAACAGAGCUCACAAGGCUCGUCAAUGAUCAAAUCGAGACGCUGCGGGGACAGAACAAACAGGCAUUCAGCGAACUUCGUGACAGGUUUCAUGGACUUUCAAGUGCAAAGUACAAAAACGAACUGCGUGCUGAAGUGGCAAAAGAUGUUGGUGAACUUGUCAGGAAGCAGUUUCGACCGGACGAUUUAGAGGACAUCAAAACUUCAGUCUUGCAGUUGAUCGAACAAAACCAUAACCUGGUACAAAAGCAACAACAACAACAAUCCUCGACAGAAGCAUCACCAAAAGAUACCCAAGCAAAACAUGCAGAACUGGUGCGAUCCGAAAUUCAAAAGUUUGCAAACAACAAGGACGAGUUACGAAAACAGUUGAAUGGAUUGGAUGAGUGGAUCAUGCUGGGGUCUAAGAUCAAGGAGAUGGAAGGCAAGAUCAGUAAAAAUGCGGCAUCAAAUAAUACAAUGAUAGCAGCGGCAGCAACAGCAGCAGCGUCAAAGGUGGACAUGAGCGUUGUACAACACUUGCGGAAUGACUUGGGACAGCUUAAUCGCAAGAUCGAUUCAAUCCAAAAGCAACUGGAACACAUUACGGAUAAGGCAUCACAACCAGAACAACAACAAACCCAUUUGGCGGCUGUCAGCAGAAGUGUACAAGACAUUGCGCGGGAUCUUGCCCUGACAAACAGUCAGCUGGAAAUGGCCGAGAGCUGGUAUCAGGUUGACGAAGCCCAGCUUGCACGACUCGGCGAUUCCCAGCAGGAACAACAGCAACAGCGACGAAAGACAGCCAACAGUGAUCAAGAUGUCGCCGACACGGACAGACAAAUGAAGCGACGACGUUUAGAAGCAAGUAGGGAUGACGGCGAAGCUGACGAUGUUGCUGCCCAGAACGCAGAACUGUAUGAUAAGAUCAAGACUUUGGAAGAAAAGCAGACAAGUUUGACGGAAUACCUUGACGGAUUCCGAACGACGGUGCUCAAUCCAAAAUUCCCGACACGGUUGCAGGAAAUCAUGGCAAAUAUCGAGCUGAUCUUGCGUAGCCAUGAGGAGUUCAUUGCGCAUCUGGUGGACCCAGUGCGGGCAGCGCAGGCUGUGCCGAUUGACCUGACAAGCAAUAGCCAGGUGCCUCGGAUCAUCUCACCAGCCAUGAUGCAGGCGAUCCAGGCGUUGGUCAAGGACACUGCUGAUCAGACUGCCAAACCAUUAAUGGAGCGUAUAACUGCUCUUGAAGCCAAGUUGAAUCAACGAAACUAAACACAUACCCUUUCUCUUAAACUCCUCCGUCCCGUUCCAUCCUCUACACACACAACAUAUUGGCCUAGCUCGCUCUUUAAUAUUACGCUUAGUGUACAUAACGCUUCUGCAUAUAAUUCUUUUCUCCCUCUAGGGUAAUUUUUAACAAAUUCACAACAGUGCAUGGUUUUACUGGCUUUUAAUAUUCUGAUUUGAGUUAUAUUUGUAAAUACUGUAAUAACAAGAUAUGAAGAAAAACAGAUAGGAAAAGAAAAAGGAAGUUGACGAACGAGAAUGAGGAACAAUGAACAAUGAAAUUGAUG